AUGGACAAUGCCUUCAAAUACAUCAAAGAAAACAAUGGUAUUGAUACCGAAUCAAGCUAUCCAUAUGAAGCCGAGGAUGAUACAUGCCGAUUCAAUACUAAAAACGUUGGUGCCACAGAUACUGGCUGUAAAGAUAUUAAACAAUACAGUGAAGACGAUUUACAAGAUGCAAUUGCCACAGUGGGUCCAAUUUCAGUCGCUAUUGAUGCUUCAGCCGACUCAUUUCAACUGUAUAAAUCGGGUGUUUACAAUGAAAAAUCAUGCUCAUCUGAAGAUCUUGAUCAUGGUGUUUUAGCUGUUGGCUAUGGUACUAAAAACGGACAUGAUUACUAUAUUGUCAAAAAUUCUUGGGGUACCUCAUGGGGUAUGAAAGGUUAUAUUUGGAUGAGUCGUAACAAAAAGAACCAAUGUGGUAUUGCUACAUUGGCUAGUUAUCCAACUGUUUAA